GAAAGUUUUGUUGUGUCCUCAAAUGUACUACUAAAGCGUUUAAAGUUUAACUUGGUUAAAAACCAGUUGCACCGUGUUCACUGAUAAUCAUCAGGUGGUGAAGCUUGAUAACGCUGCCUACGAAGUCUAAGUCCUGUAGUACAGGAGCAGCUGAGGACACCAUGAAUCGAGUCCCCCUGCAGCAGCAGCAGCAGCAGAGCUGUGGGGCCUGGGAGCUGAAGGAGCGGCUGGGCACCGGAGGCUUUGGAAAUGUCACAAGAUGGCAAAAUAAGGACACAGAGGAACAGAUCGCUAUAAAGCAGUGCCGUCAGGAGCUGAGCGAGAGAAACAAAGAGAGAUGGUGCCUGGAGAUCCAGAUCAUGAAGAGGUUGGAUCACGUCAACGUUGUUGCAGCCAGAGAGGUUCCUGAGGGAAUGCAGAAACUGGUGACCACCAAUGACCUGCCACUGCUGGCAAUGGAGUACUGUCAGGGAGGGGAUCUGAGAAAGUAUCUGAACCUCUUGGAAAAUUGCUGUGGAAUGAGGGAGGGCUCCGUUUUGAUUCUGUUAUGUGACAUUUCUUCAGCUCUAACCUAUCUCCACAAGAAGAGGAUCAUCCACAGAGAUUUGAAACCAGAAAACAUUGUGCUGCAGCAGGGACAGAAGAGAUUGAUCCACAAGAUUAUAGAUCUCGGGUAUGCUAAAGAGCUGGACCAGAGCAGCCUUUGCACCUCAUUUGUGGGCACGCUUCAGUACUUAGCUCCAGAGCUCAUUGAGAGACAGAAGUACACGGUCACUGUGGACUACUGGAGCUUCGGGACCUUGGUGUUUGAGUGUAUCACAGGAUUUCGCCCUUUCUUACCAACCUGGCAGCCUGUUCCUUGGCACCAUAAACUGAGGCUGAAGCAGGAUGAUGAUAUUGUCGUCUAUGAGGACCUCUCGGGGGAAGUCCGCUUCUCUAAACAUCUGCCCCAGCCCAACAACCUCAACAGUUUGUUAUUAGAGAAACUGGAGAGGUGGCUGCAGCUGAUGUUAAAGUGGUCUCCUCAGGAGAGAGGCAAAGACAGCGAGGUUACGCCCAGCGACUGCUUCUCCCAGCUGGGUAUCAUACUGCAGCUCAAGCUGGUUCAUGUCCUGAACAUGAUGUCUGCUAAGAUCCUGACGUACUCCAUCUCAGACAGUGAGACUGUGGCAGACCUGCAGCUGAGAAUAGAAAAAGAUACCAGCAUUCCUGCAGCCAAUCAGGAGCUGCUGCUGGAAGCGGGGAUAGCCUUGGAGCCUCAUGGACUGGCCACACAGUGCGCCAUAGAUUACACAGAGAUAGAUGGGCGACGGACAGACUUGCCUCUGGUCUUCCUGUUUGAUCGUUCUUCCUGCACUUAUGAACCUCAGUUUGCUCCUCGCACCCUUCCAGAGAACAUCCGCUUCGUCCAAACCGACCCUAAACGCGUUCUGCCUUACAGCCCUCUGAGGAGGACUUGCGGCCAGGCGUGGCACACCAUCCGCUCCCUGAAGGAAGACUGGCAACGACUGCAGCAGGGGCAGAAAGCCGCCAUCAUGAGUCUGCUGAGACACAACUCUUCACUGUCUAAACAGAAGAAUGAGAUGGUGUCAAUGCACCAGAGACUAACAGCCAAGCUGGACUUUUUCACCACCAGCCUUCACAUAGACAUGGACAAAUACCAGGAGCAGACGGCCACUGGGAUCGCAUCAGAGAAACUCCUGUGUGUGUGGAGGGAGAUGGAGCAAACAGCUGCCGGCUGUGGUCAGGCCAAGGUGAGUGAACUGGAGGAGGAGAUGAUGCAGCUGCAGCCAGACAUAGUGGAUGUGCAGAGGCAGCCGUGGAGGAGCGGAGAGGCCCUGGACACACUUGAAGGAAAGGCCAUGGAGCUGUUCCGCAAACUCAGAGAGAAACCCAGAGAUCAGAGGUGUUCAGGGGACAGUCAGGAGUUGGUGCGCCUGGUGGUUCAGGCUGUGCAGUUUUACGAGAGGAAGCUCAGAGACUUCUACACACACCUCAGUAAGACAGCUGUGUGCCGUCAGCGAGUGAUGGAGCUUCUGCCGAAGGUGGAGGGCGUGGUCCAGAGAAUGGCUGAGAGCGAGCAAGUGCUGAUGAGUCUGCAGGAGAAACGACAGAGGGAGCUGUGGAACUUGCUCAAAGUCGCCUGUAGUAAAGUUCGCAGCCCAGUGAGCGGGAGUCCUGAUGGACUACAAACCCCCUCUUCAGUGCCGCCUCUACUGACACCCAGAGACAGCUUACAGCAGUUUGACGAGUCUCUUGUGGAGGAGAGCAGGACAUUUGAGAGUCGACUCCAAAGUUUGCUGCACGACACCAUCCAGGAAUCAGACAACAGUAUGGAGAUGUUGAGAGAGUGGUCGUGGCUGCGUGGAGGCCAGAAUUUCUCCAGUGACCUCUCCUAAUUUGGGUUUCAGAUGCUUACAUAUGGCACCCUACUGCCUCUGAGUGGAUAGGAUGUGGAACUACAUGAGGAUGUGGUAGAAGCUGGUUUAACAUGUUAAAUGCACAAUGUGAACUGAGUAAUAGCUGCUGGCAAAUAUUUACUAAAUGAGAUUAAGGAGUAGGUAAACCUCAUCAACCUAAUCCGGCCUGUAAAAGACAUUAAUUUAAAGACAUUUAAUGCCAAUCUGUAGUGCACUGAAGCACAUCUAUCUCUGAUUAGGAUUAACAUCAGAUGAAUUUAUACAUGUAAGUUUUAACAAAACUUUCAAUACGUUUAGUGGUAAAGUUGCACUUCAUUAUGCACAGAUCAGUAACAUAUGAAACAUUAAGAAACUCCCAGUCUUAACAUACCUGCAGGUAAAUACAUUCCUACAGUGUUAAAGUAUGUGGAGAGGCUUGCACACUGCACAAAGCUUCAAACUGAAUAUCUAAAAACAGACACGCAUAAAGAGCAAAUUUUAUCCUCAAAUUUAGAAGAGAGAGAAUUCAUGAGAAUAAUCAUGUAAAUAAUGUUGACAGACAGAAAUACUGAUAUAUUUUAGUUAGAUUUGUUUCACCAUAUUUGGUGGACCUUUAUCAGGAAAUUACAGAUUGUAUUUUAAGAUUUGUACAUUCAUCCCAUGUAAAACAGGGUUUUGGAUCUCUGCCUUAAAUGUAAAUGUGUGUCAGAUGUUAUGUGUUUCUCACUGGACCAUUAUUUUUUUGCUGAACAUUUUAUUUUAAUAAGACAAUCAUUGAAUUACACAAGUGAUGUUUAUAAUUGUGAAAAUGAAAUUUUUUGAAUUUUUUACAUCCACUCACAAUUAUAUGCAGGAUGGAUAUAACAACAGGAACACCUGUUCAAUAUGGUGUGGUACAGUAUCCCUGCAAUAAUUACAAGUGAAGUAUUAAUCCCAACUACUGGAGGUAGUCUUUUCUGGAUAUAGAUAAUACAAAGUGAUAAGAGAUGUUACAUAUUGUCAAGUGUCUGCAAUAUCUUGUUGACUAUUUGUGUGAAUACCCUAUGCUGUAAUAAGUCAUAAUGAAUAACUGAAUGUUAGACAUUUCUAAAUGAAUUUGAAUAUGAAAACAAAACAGAAUUUUGUAUCUUGAAUACAGUAUUUUACUGUACUGUAUGUUUCUUUAAUUCAUUUCCAUGUUUCUGGGAAUGAGGGAACAGGUUUUCCUCUUCAUUCACCUGUUUUAUGUCAACCAAAAUAAAAUUCAUAAAACACACCUAUCUA